AUGUCUUCCAGGUCUAGGGUUUUCACUAUCCGCGUGCCCGCCACCUCCGCCAAUAUUGGCCCUGGCUUUGACGUUGUUGGCCUCUCUUUAUCUCUUUACCUCACCCUUACCGUGACGAUCUCCACAGCAUCUUCCGAUAGCUCUUCCUCAAGCACCCCAGCCCCUCCGACUUUAGUCUAUUCUGGGGAAGGUUCCGACGAAGUCCCCUUAGAUGCCUACAAAAACCUCACCACUCGCGUUGCACUCUACGUCCUUCGCUGCCAUGGUGUUUCUACCUUCCCCCAACACCUCACCAUUCACGCGCACAACGAAAUCCCCUUCGGCCGUGGCCUCGGAUCUUCUGGUGCGGCUGUCAUUGCCGGCGUGCUCUUGGGCAGCGAGUUGGGAGCCCUCUCUCUCUCCCGAGAACGCGCGCUAGAUUUUGCACUCAUGGUUGAGCGCCAUCCGGAUAACGUCACAGCGGCGCUCGUGGGUGGAUUUGUUGGCUCGUACCUCAGGGAGCUUGCGCCCGAGGCCGCAUUGGCGGCCAGCGUCCCGCUCAGCGAAGUGUUACCAGAGUUUCCACCAGAUGCGGGACCGGACUGGGGCCGCGACCCGCCUGUCCCGCCGCCUGGGAUCGGCCACUUCGUAAGAUUUGGCUGGGCAAAGGAAAUCAAAGCAGUCGCUAUCAUCCCACGAUUCGAGCUGAGCACUGCCCGAGCGCGAGAGGUACUCCCAGAGUCAUACUCUCGAAAAGACCUUGUCUUCAAUUUACAACGUCUGGCGGUCUUGACGACCGCCCUCGCACAAUCGCCACCAAAUGCUGAGCUCAUCUACGAGGCAAUGAAAGAUCGCAUACACCAGCCAUACCGCAAAUCGCUUAUUCCCGGAUUGCCUGAAGUAACUUCUUCUAUCACGCCAAACACGCAUCCAGGGCUACUCGGUAUCUGUCUCUCAGGAGCUGGUCCAACAAUCUUAGCACUUGCCGUAGGGGGGUUCGAAGCAAUUGCCGAGGAUGCUCGGACGAUUUUUAGAGAAAAGGGAAUCGAGGUUGACUGGAAAUUGUUGGAUGUCGUG